AUGUCUUUCUUUCCACGAGCUUUCUACGAAGGUGAUUCUUUAUCAUCCUUCACCCCACUCUUCCGUCUCCUGGACGACUUUGACACGUAUGCUCGCCAAUCCGGCAGUAACCAACAUGGCCGGCUCUCAGCCAUCGCCACCUGGCAGCCCAAAUUUGACAUUCGCGAAACCAGUGAUGCAUACGAGCUGCAUGGCGAACUCCCCGGCCUGAACAAAGACGCCGUUCACAUUGAGUUUACAGAUCCACAGACCAUGACUGUCCGUGGCAAAGCUGAGCGAACUUAUUCGUCUGGCACCCCCAGCGCUGGGCGCAUUGAAGAUGUUUCCGAGAAGCCAGCCAUCACUGAAGGCGAAACAUCACCCUCCGCGCAUAAAGCCACUGUUGAGGAUGACAAUGCAGCCGCGACAGAAACUGCAGUAGGCAAGGCGCAAAGGCAGCCUGAGCAACCCAAGUACAAGUAUUGGCUUACUGAGCGCAGCGUCGGGGAGUUCUCUCGAAGCUUCAACUUUCCGACCCCUGUGGACCAUGAAUCCGUGUCGGCUAGUUUCAGAGACGGCAUCCUGGCUGUUUCUGUGCCAAAAGCUAAGAAGCCUGAACCUCGACGGAUCGCUAUAAACUAA